AUGCGGCUGCACGUCUUCGCCCUCCUCGUUGGACUCGCCGCCCCUGGCUGGGCGCAGUCUUCCGAGGAGCAAGACGCUAAACCGCACGAUACGAUCUUCGACGGCAUUACCGUGCCCCCUCUGCUUGAGCUCACGCCCUCCAACUGGAACGAAGAGUCCAAGAAGACAAGAUGGCUCGCCGUCAAGCAUUACAGCCCUUACUGCCCUCACUGCAUGGACUUUGCCCCGACCUACCAGACCAUGUACGAGUUUUACUACACGUCGAAGCCCGCCGGCGGGGCUACCUUUUCGCAGUACUACGACUUCCGGUUCGCCACCAUCAACUGCGUCGCUUAUUCCGACCUUUGCGAGGAGCAUGAAGUCAAAUCUUUCCCCACGACUGUCGUCUACGAGAAUGGCAAACAGUUUGACUUAGUCAAGGGAAACAGAGUCAUGCCGGAGGUCAGCAAACUCAUCGAGCUCGCUCUGGAAAAGGCCAAGCCCGGCUCGCGGCCCAAGAGCUUGACCCUGCCCGAGCCCGGCGACACAACAGCCCCCAAGGGCGAUGGCAAGAGUACCACGCCGGAGCCUUCGGGCCUUCCCAAGGGCUCGGACGAGACCGCCAGCAAGCCCUCGGAUGACAAGGCCUCCGACAAGGGCAAAGGGGCCGACACGGACAAGACUGGCAGCGACGGCCAAAAGCCAACCCCUGUCGACAAGUCCAAGGAAACCGUCUCCAAGAAACUCGGGGUCACGCCCAACCCCAGUGGCGUUUCAGUUUCCCUCACCGCCGAGAGCUUCCAGCAGCGCGUCACCAUGUCGCAGGAGCCCUGGUUCAUCAAGCUCUAUGCUCCUUGGUGCCACCACUGCCAGGCCAUGGCACCCACCUGGGAACAGCUGGCCAAGUCGAUGCGAGGCAAGCUCAACAUUGCCGAGGUCAACUGCGACAAGGAGCCUGUUCUGUGCAAAAAAGGUGUCAACGUCAAAGCCUUCCCCACCAUCAUGUUCUUCAAGGGAGGCGAGCGAGCCGAGUACACGGGUCUCCGCGGCCUGGGCGACUUUGUCCAGUAUGCAGAAAAGGCCGUUGACCUGGCCAGCGGCGUCCCAGACGUCGACGCCGAGUCGCUCAAGGCGCUGGAGCAAAAGGAAGACGUCAUCUUUGUCUACUUUUACGAUCAUGCCACCACGAGCGAGGACUUUGCGGCUCUCGAGAGGCUGCCCCUCAACAUGAUUGGCCAUGCCAAGCUGGUCAAGACCAAGGAUCCACAGCUCUACGAUCGGUUCAAGAUUACCACGUGGCCGAGGCUUCUCGUCUCGAGGGAAGGCCGUCCCACCUACUAUCCACCGCUGACUCCGGACGAGAUGAGGGACGUGCGCGGGGUGCUCGACUGGAUGAAGUCGGUCUGGCUGCCGCUGGUGCCCGAAUUGACGCCCUCGAACGCGCGCCAAGUCAUGAACGGCAAGAUUGUCGUCCUGGGGGUGCUCAACCAUGGCGAUCAAGACGCGUUCCAGAGUUCUCUGCGCGAGAUGAAGAGUGCAGCCAACGAGUGGAUGGACCGGCAGGUACAGGAAUUCCAGCUCGAGAGGAAGAAGCUGCGAGACUCGAAGCAGAUGCGAAUCGAAGAGGCGGAAGAUCGCAACGACCAAAGGGCGCUGCGCGCGGCCAAGGCCAUCCGCGUCAACAUGGACUCGUCUGGCCGCAAGGAGGUGGCCUUUGCCUGGGUGGACGGCGUCUACUGGCAGCGCUGGAUCCGCACCACGUUCGGCAUCGACGUCAAAGACGGAGAGCGCAUCAUCAUCAACGACCAAGACAACCGGCGGUAUUGGGACAACACGGUGACUGGCAACUACAUACUCGUGUCGCGCACGUCGAUUAUGGAAACGCUCGACAAGAUUGUUUAUGGCCCCAAUGUCAUCAAGCACAAGCUUACCGUGUCGGCACCGGAGAAGAUGCUGUUUGACAUUCGCGUUGCCUUUUCGGAGCACCCGUUCCUGUCGCUUGGGUGCGUCGCUGGCAUCGGCUUCGGCGUCUUUUCGUGGUACCGCGGGCGCAGCCGCAGACGCGGGGGGAACUUUCGACUCGACGACACCAUGGGCAUCAAGGAGCUCAAGGAAGGGUUGCUGGGAGCGAAUGGGAACCAAAAGGCCGACUGA